AUGUCGAGCGCACCUCCAGAUUACUACAAAAUCCUUGAGAUUGCCCCAGAUGCUACGCAGCAGCAGAUCCGUGAUGCAUACAAGAAACAAGCACUAAAGUCCCACCCUGAUCGCGUGCCCACCGACUCCCCCGAACGCCCCGCUCGCACGAAGAAAUUCCAACAGAUCAAUGACGCAUACUACACCCUCUCCGAUCCCACUCGACGCCGAGACUACGAUACCGCGCGGUCUUACCAUGGCUUCCCCACCGACGACUCCGAUCCGGCCGAAGAAGAGAUCCCUAGACCUCCACCUCCAAAUGCAGGCGACCACGGCUUUGGCUGGUCCUCAUUCUUUGGCAAGCAUGGGCAGACUGGAGAGGGCGACGAGAAGUUCUCAAAUGAGCAAUUCGGAGGCGUCUUUGAGGAGAUGCUGAGGGAAGAGGGCAUGGCGGAGGGCAAGGAGGCUACGCCAACAGGGAAGUUCUGGAGUGUUGUUGGUGGAUUGAGCGGUGGGGCUAUGGGGUUCAUUGUUGCGAACUUUCCGGGGGCGAUUGCUGGCGCUGUUGCUGGCAACAGACUGGGUGCUAUCAGGGAUGCGAGGGGAAAGAGUGUGUACAGUGUUUUCCAGGAACUACCGCAAGGUGACAAGGCGAAACUGCUGAGCGAAAUGGCUGCGAAAGUUUUCGCGCAUGCAGUCUCUGGUUGA